AUGAUGAGUUUUACAUCCAGAAUUUGUUCCAAUCCGUUUAGAAAUUUAAACCAAGGAAUCUGUUCAAUUGGAUUUAAUAAUUUUGGUACUUUACGGAGUUAUUCUAAAGACAAGGGACAAUGUUGCAAGGAAGUUGCUCAGACUGAGGGUAGACGCGUGGAACCUUGGCCGAAGACAGACCCACCGCCUCCUAACUGGCAAGGAUGCUGCCCUAGAGAACCGCAGCCUCCAAACUAUGACCCCUAUAGGAUAAAAGUGCCUGACGUGGUUGUGCCGCCUCUACCCGCAAGCAACGCCAAGCCGAUGCUGGAGUGCGCGCGAACAAAAGGCCCAUGCUCUGUGCGUCCGGUGCCUGAUCCUCCUCCUUGCCCACCGCCACCGCCGCCACCCUUCCCCUGGAUCUAUGUUUGGAUUGUAGGCUCUUUCCUUAGCAUCAUGGGUAUUCUUUACAAAAUUUAUUUAUGGAGAAUGGAGAAAGAGAAACUUGGUGAAAGUGUACCCAUAUGGCGGCCUCGUCGGAAAAUUAAGCGGCCCUUCCACUGCAAAGAUCUCCCGGCUUGCGUGCAGUAUUUGAUUAUAGGCGCUGGGGCUGCUGGCUGGGCGGCUUCCAAGUCUAUUAUCGAACACGACGAAACUGCUAAGAUAUUCAUGAUAUCCAAAGAGGACUGCGUGCCAUACGAUCGACCUCCCAUGUCGAAGCACAUGUGGUGGAACGCGGAACCACCCGAUAUCUUGACCCUCAACUAUGUGGAGCUGGGAAAGAGACACACGAUGUACCUUGCCCAGUGCCUCGAUUUCUUGGACCCUAUAAAGUUUUACCGUAAGAAGAAGGGUCCAGCCAUUUCCAUAGCUACAGGCUGGUGCGUAUUGCGAGUGGACGCGGAUGACCACGUGGCCUAUGUCAAGACGCUGUGCGGGGAACAACCUAUAUACUACGAGCGUUGUUUGAUUGCUCCAGGUUCGAAACCACGGAAUUUAUCAAUAUUCAAAAACGCACCGAAGUCAAUUCGCGAUCGUGUGUGUACACUUCGCACUAUACGGGAUUUGGAGAUCGCCUACCGCAAAGUGAAGAAAUCCAAACAUGUUACCAUCAUCGGCGCUGGGCCCCUCGGGUGUGAAUUGGCCUGGCAUUUAGGAAGAAUGAAUAAGGUAGUUGAACGCCCAGAACACGAAGACCCGAUUCAGUUCGUGCAUAUUUACAAGGAUCGGGGUAUUUUGGGCGGCAUCAUACCGGAGUAUUUGGGGGAGUGGGCAGCUGAGAAGAUUCGCGCUGAAGGGGUCACUUGUAUGAGGCAGACUCAAGUGUAUGACGCCUUCGAGACUCCGGACGGCCGCUUGGAGCUGACGCUGUCCAAUGGAACGUCCAUCAUUACUGACUAUGUGUUCGUAGCGGUGGGUGCGGAUCCACGUGUGGAGAUAGCGAAGCAUUCAUACCUGGAGACGGAUUCCGUAAAUGGCGGAUUUCUUGUCAACACUGAACUGGAGGCUAGGACCCACCUCUAUGUGGCGGGAGACGCAGCCAGCAUCUACUCCCAGUGGAAGGACACGAGGAUCCGCAUGGAGCACUACGGACCAGCAGCCGAGCAGGGCUACAUUGCUGGCAGUAACAUGACGGGCUAUUGGACUCCUUGCAACAUGGAGCCCUACUUCAAGUUGUCGUUAGAGGGUGCUUUGGUUAUGGAGGUGGUAGGCGAAGUGGGAGCGUGUAUGCCAACAGUGGGCUUGUUCAAGCCUUGCAGCGAUGAAGCCAAGCCGCAAGUGCAAGCUGUCGCGGACAAUUCUGGUGGCGGAGACCGACCCUGCUAUAAGAAAUCUGACCAAUACCAGAACAGAUAUAAGCGUGGUCUGCUGUACUAUCUUCGAGAUGAAUAUAUAGUUGGCAUUGUUUUCUGGAAUAUGCCGCCUUUGGAGGAACGGAAAGACAUUGCCACAGAGAUACUCAGAGCUCGUCCAACAUACAAAGAAAUAAACAAGAUCUCCGAAUUGUUAGGCUUCCCCGAGACAGAGUGCGAUUACAAGCCAGAAGAACAACUGCGCGUAAGCGCGCCGUGCAUAAAGAAGUUAGUAUCAUUUGAAAGUUACAAAAUCUUCUGGCAUUAA